AUGAGUUUGUCUUAUCCGCCCGCCCCAAGUAUUCGAUCGCUUGUGUGCUUUCAAAGGGAAACAACCUUAACUCACAAUAUCUCAAAGUUUUUCCAUUCCUUUGCACUUCUUAGGGUGUUAAGUCUAGAAAGAUGUAAAUUGAUUGAUUUUGCCCCCUGUUUAGCAUUACUAAUUCAUUUAAGGUACCUUGAAAUUUGGCUGUCAUCGUUCCCAAGAUCAAUAUGCAAUUUAUGGAACCUUCAAACCCUCCUUGUUAGAACAAGUUCUAGUUCUAUAAUUUUACCUAGUAACAUAUCAGAUUUGGUGAAUCUGAGGCAUUUAGACAGUAAUGCAGAUCUUUAUCUUCCUUCUAUUGGAAAACCCAUGAAACUACUGGAAUUUAUUUCGAAUGUGGAUUUGGGAGAUGUGGUAGAUAAUUUUCAGAAAUGUUUUCCUAGGAUCAAGAAUCUCACAUCUACUCUUUACUCUGACGAGGAAAAUGACUUUGAAGUACUCCAUCACCUUCGAAUCUUGACGUUAAUUGGGUCAGGCUACAGCAGAAGGAGAUCAGUUGAGCGAGAAUUUCUGAGAGGUGAACCGAACUUGGGAAAGAAUCACAUUAUAAUUAGGUUCCCUGCAACACUGAAAGCACUUACACUUGUAGGGUGUGGUCUACCAUGGAGCUACAUGUCCAUCAUUCAAGCGUUACCUAAUCUUGAGGCUCUUAUAAUAAAAGACAAUGGCUUUGAGGGAACCCUUUGGGAAACAGGUGAGGAGCAGUUUCAGCGACUAAAAUUCUUGAGCCUUAAAGAGUUAAAUAUUAAACAAUGGGAAGCCUCAAGUAUCAACUUUCCAUGUCUUGAACAAUUAGAGGUGCUGAAAUGCGUUGAUCUUGGAGAGAUACCCCUUGAAUUAGGGGACAUCUCAACGCUUGAGUAUAUUGUAGUUGAGAAUUGUGGUGCUUCUCUUCUGGAAUCCCUUCAAAAAAUACAACAGGAGCAAGAUGAUGCGGGAAACUAUGAACUGAAGAUCAGUGUUGAUGGAAGUUAUAUGCCCCCCUGUGAACCCAAUCAUGAUGAUUAA